CACAUAUCGACACCCUUGCAAAAGGAAGUCCUCUAAAAUAAGUAGCAGAAUCCAAGACAGUUAAUGAAAACAAUGGCAACAAUCUGGAUCAUCUCCGCUUUUCUACUUCAUGGCAUUGCCAUUACUGAGGCUGCAAUGACUGUUGGUGCUGGCGGUGGUGCUGGAGUUGGAUUCGGAAUAGGCGGCGGCGGUGGCGGUGUUUGGGUUGGUGGCGGGAUCAACAGCCCAGGUCCUCCAACAGGAUCUUCAGGGCUGCAGAGUGCUUACACAGCACUCCAAGCAUGGAAAUCUGCCAUUUCUGAGGACCCAUUGGGGAUUAUUACGAGCUCUUGGGUUGGCCCAAAUGUAUGUUCAUACAAAGGGGUUUUCUGCUCAGAUUCUCAAGAAGACUCCAUGGGCAGCUACCCAAAGCAAGUUGUUGCAGGUAUAGAUCUCAACCAUGCCAACCUCAAGGGAUUUCUUGUAAAAGAGCUGUCUUUGCUCACAGACCUCUCCCUCCUCCACCUCAACACCAACAGAUUCUCAGGCACAAUCCCAGAAACCUUCAGAAAUCUUGCCUCGUUGACCGAGCUUGACCUGAGCAACAACCAGUUCUCAGGCCCAUUUCCCUCCAGUGUCCUCCUCAUCCCAAACCUCAUCUACUUAGACCUCAGAUUCAAUUCUUUCUCCGGACCCAUUCCCGAGGACGUGUUCAACAAGAAGCUGGAUGCACUCUUUCUCAACAACAACCAGUUCAGUGGAGAAAUUCCUCAAAAUCUGGGGAACUCUCCGGCUUCUGUCAUCAAUUUGGCCAAUAACAGGGUUUCUGGCAGCAUACCCUUCAGUCUAGGGUACAUGGGGGUGAAGGAGAUUCUGUUCCUGAACAACCAGCUGACAGGCUGCAUCCCUGAAGGGGUUGGGCUGUGGACAGAUCUGGAAGUUCUUGAUGUGAGCUCAAACGGGCUGACGGGCCAUUUGCCAGACACCAUCUCAUGCCUGAGCGGGAUUGAGGUUCUCAAUUUGGCAAACAACAGAUUCUCUGGGGAGUUGACAGACAUAGUUUGCUCACUGAAGAGACUGAUGAAUUUGACCAUAUCGUACAAUUUCUUCUCUGGGCUGAGUCAAGAUUGUGAGAGGCUUCCUGUAAGGAAUGUGGGGUUCGACUUCUCCCUGAAUUGCAUUCCGGGAAGGCAAAUGCAGAGGCCGCCGCCGGAGUGUUCGGGAGCGCAGGGAAGCAGCCUGAGCUGCAUCCGAAUCCCUUCACCCAGACCGGUUGUUUGUGGGUGAGGAAGGAAGCGUCAUUGAUUUGGGUGGGUGGCGCGUUGAUGAUGAUGGGCCCCAUGGGGUUGUUUUUCUUCUGGUCAAGAACAGGUCGGAUUGGUUGUCUCAUUAAUUGGAAGAAUUUAUCACUCCAUGAAAUGGUUUGUACAAAAUAAUGAAUAUUAUCGUAUAUAGUUAUGUGUACAACGACUACUCCAUAUUUUUAUGUGAGAAGUUUUAUGACUAGAUUUAUUGACAUUGGUAUAAUUUUCUUAUAAAGUCAUUAGUGGUAGUGUUGCCAUCAUCACCAUUAAUUUUUUCCAGAACUCACUAAAAAUGAAUAGUGAUGAUGGUCUCACAAUAUCUUUUAUAAAUCUACAUUCUACAACAGAGUUGUAUAGAUUUCGUUAAAUUUUUUGGUAGUUUUUAUGGAUGUCAAGUAUAUUGAGACAACAUUAACCAUU